CUAAGUUUAAGGAUUGCAAUCAUUUAAAAUUAUUUUUUAAGUAAAUAUUACCUCCUUUUCUCUAAUUUUCAGAUGAACAAAUGUUGAUACCAAGCAGAUGUCUGUUCUUCCAUGAAACCACAUGUUCACCGCCGAAUCUCACACCUCGACAAGCCUGCGCUGUGGAAUCAGCGGCUAGAAAUAAUCGCAAUUUGAAUGUUUUCCUGCUUUUCUUCGCGACGGGGCAGUUCUCUAAAAAAUCCAAGAAAUUUGUUGAGAUUUUAGAGACUUACGAUAAUGUGUAUAUAAGGAGAGUACGUUUGUCGACAUAUAUUAUCGAUACGCCGAUAGAAGACUGGUUUUCCGCAAAUAUCCGGGAAUUUUCGAAGAAUCACGACUGGCUAUACAAAGACUUCCAUGACUAUCUUCGUAUGUUGACACUAUGGAAGUUCGGCGGCGUGGCAUUGAAUUUGGACAGCGUGAUACUGGCAUCGUUGGACGAGCUGACUACUUUCGCGGGCGUGCAGGACGACCGAGAUAUGGGUAUUGGUGUAUUUGGCGUCGACACCAGUACGAAUUUCGGUAGGAUGUUCGUCGACGCCUGUAUGGAAGUCAUUCGAAGUAUAGACACGUCUAGCUAUUCGAGAUACAACAUCACGAGAAUCGUGACCAAAGCUGUGCAGGAACUCUGUUAUCAGCGAAACAUUCUUUCUCGGCAAGAUAAGGAAUGUCGACAAUUCAUGAUUUAUCCACCUGAGAAAUUUUAUCCUGCGUCUUCUGACUUUCAUAAUAUUUUUCUGAAUGCAACAAGAACGGAAGAAAUGAUGAAGACAGGAAAAAACGCCAUGGCGAUCCAUCUGUGGAAAGAUUAUAAUCAGGAUGCUAAAACGGAUAAUAUAGCGGCCUACAAAUUAGUGGCUAGACAACAUUGUCCGAAAAUAUAUGAGUUUGCUAGAAAUAACUUUUAAUUAAUUCAUUGAUAUGUACUGAUAUGUAGAUACAAGAUACCUGUUUAUAUUGUAAAUUAAAUAAAUUAAGCAAUCAAGUAAAAUUAUGUAUUUUAAUACAUGAAUGUAUGUUAACGAUAAUUAAGAACACAUGUGAAAAAUGUUGCCUCUUCUGUAUAAUAUAAAAUUAUUUUUUAAUAA